AUUUUGUAAUCCCUUCACGAGCUUCAAAAAUCCCCUUCCUUUCUCGACUGGACGGUGAAGGCAGGCACUGAUAAAGAGACCACCUUUUUUCCGGGACGCUGACAUUUCGGCUGUUAGUCCCGUAAGAAACCUUCCGGCGAAAGAUUUAAUCAGUGGGCGAGUUUCUGAUUAUCUUCACCAUCGGAGUUCCCCUCCCUGUCCUUGUUAGCUGGAAAAACACUGUCCAGUCUGUCCUUGCGCAUUGAGAGACGAAGUUAGGAAUAAUGGCGGGUAUCGCAAUAGUAUUGGAUCUGUUGAAGAAUAAAAACCCCAGCUCUUAUUCGCCUCAGUUCUCUGCCUCCGCCGCCGUAUCAGCUGCUGCCGCCUCAGUCGCUGCUGCGAGCACCCCUUUCGCCUCUCGGUCCUUGUUCGGGUACGAUUCAUGUCUAUAUGGUCUUCUGCUUCUGUUUUAGUUUUGGCGGUUUUAUGCAUCGACGAUGAACGAGAAACGUGAUCCCCUUGUGUUGUAAGAAUCUGGGUUUUGAUUGAUUGGAAUGCUCAAAAGGAAUUAGCUAGGCAUGAUGUGACAUGUGAUUUGAAACUGGGUUGGAAUUUGAUCAAUGCGUUCCUAUGUCGUGGAUUGUGGUUUGUGUUUUCUGAUUACAAUUGCGCGUGCCUAUGAUUUGUUUGCACCCAUGAUGGUAUGGUAUCCAUUGUUGUCUUCAGUGUGGGGAAAAUUGAUACUUCUUGUUGCCAUGCCACUUCUUGUUGCCAUGCCAGUUUCCCUGAAUUUCCAGUUGCCUACUGUGAUGCGGGUGCUGCAAUAUCUGAGGACUAUUUAUCCGCCAUCCGAAGUGCCUCUAGCAGCGUCUUUCAGCAUGAUUCACUGAAGUACACGAACAAGGAAUACUACUUCGAUGUAAAGCCACUGUUCUCAGCAUUUGAAGCAAAGCAACUGGCCAUGACAUCAGUGAGGUCGUUCUUGCUGUAUUAUUUGCCUCUUCUGGAGCCACGCGUACAUACGGAAGAGGACGAUGAUGACUUCCUGCAGGAUGUUCGAGAUGAGAGACCUGUUGAUUUAGUUGUCCCUUUCAGAAAGUCGGUGAAGCAAAUUGCUCGCGAGACAACUGUGGUGACUACAAGGAGGAUCUUAGAACGUCUUGCUGUCCAUUAUGUCUCGCAACGAAUGGCAUGGAAACUUCUUAAAGAUAUCCCAAAAUCAGCCAUGCGCAAGGCUGAAAGAGGAUUACCUACCACGCUUUACAUCUUCAGAGUCAGUAGAACGACUUUUAGAGGGCACUUUUUAGGAGUUGCUGCAUCAUGGAUUGUGCAAGUUGGUAUUGAAACAUACCGGUUCUUCAAUCGGCUGGCGAAGUCCGAAGAAGAGAUCACUCGGGUUGCACAAUCAGAACAAGUUAAAAUCCUUGGCAAGAAAGUUACUGGUGUUACUCUCAGGUGUGGUGCUUCGCUAGUUUUUGCUGCCAUAGGAGCUGGGAUCACUGCUGCCAUUGUCCGACCCACAACUGGUCAAUGGAUUGGCUGUGCUAUCGGCGAUCUGGCUGGCCCCAUAAUUGUUACUGUCUUCCUCGAGAAAGCUCUCCACGUCGAGCUUUAGAAAACAGAGACCGUAUCUCUGACGACCUUAUUAGAAAACAUUCGAGUAUCUUGUAGCAAAUUUUGAAUACAUCUGGAUAACUGUCAGGCUGUCAAUUGUGAAUUGUUAGGUCACAUGCUGCUGUUGCUCGGUUACUUACUUUGUAUCCGGCGCGUGCACCAUAAUGCUGCCUGUUUUUUCGAUUUAAAACUAGAUCGUACCCCGGCCCGUUGGCCGGUUGCAAUAUGAUCGAUAAUCGUAGAUAACAAAUGUUCAAAGUUUAAAUUCUAGUGAUAUUCUCUUCUUUUAUAUUCGU